AUGCUUGUUGGACUCUUCUUUCUUCUCGUGGCGGUGGCAGCCAAUACAGAGUCAAUUGUAGUGCAGGUGCCCCCCUACUUUGAAGUUCCAUCCCACAAUGCCGUUUUUUCACCAACUGAAAUCUUACCGCUAAAUUCAACUCACAGUCAUCUUGCGGAUUUUCCCAUUUACGACAAAUACACCUACCCAAAGGACACCAAAGAGCUCCAGGUCCUUUCAUUGGACCCCAGGCAUCAGACUCUUUUCGUUAAACUCAACAACCAUCAAAACUCGGUCUACUCAAGUGGAGACAUUCUCUAUAUCAAGUUGUGCUGGCCCGCAACUACACCCUAUUCGUUCCGCUUGAGCCACCAAUAUCACUCAGAAAAACAAUUGACCAAGUCAGACACCUCCCCACCAACACAGCUCAGUUUAUACCUUCGAAUCGACUACCAUGGAGACUACUAUGCAGUCAAACCCGGCCCUCCAGUACCGGUUCUGAUGCAAUUGACAGUCUCUAAGCUUGCGUGGAUACCCAUCCCGCUCGAACUUUACGACUUCAUUGUCUAUAUUGUCGACAUUGGUAUUUUGCUAGCCACUAUUGUGCCCUUGUUAGUACCUUGGUUCACCACCAGUUUUGCACCCAAGCACCACAUCCACACGUGA